AUGGCCUCAAUUAUGCGUCCCUCUCUGCUCCGGCAGACCGCCCUGGCUGCUCGAUGGGCGGCCACCCCCUCCGCCGCGACCCGAGGCGCCUUCGUCAAGCCCAGCUUCCAGUCCCAGCUCAUGGGCGUCGCGGCUUUCCACAACACCGCCCGACGAUCCGCCAUUCUGCCUCCGGGCCCUCAGCGCAUCAUUGGCACCGUCAACGACCCUGCUCCCAUCCCCGAGCCCAGCUCCGCCCACGGUUCCUACCACUGGUCCUUUGAGCGCCUCCUCGCCGCCGGCCUCAUCCCCUUGGUCGUCACCCCCUUCGCCUCCGGUUCGCUCAACCCUACCACCGAUGCCAUCCUGUGCAGCGUCCUGCUUCUUCACUCCCACAUGGGCUUCCAAUCCGUCGUCAUCGACUACAUCCCCCAGAAGAAGUACCCUGUCCUCCGCAAGGUCUUCUGGUGGCUCCUGAACGCCGCCACUGUCACGGUUGGCGUGGGACUGUACGAGUUUGAGACCAACGAUGUCGGUAUUACCGAGGCUGUCAAGCGAAUCUGGAGGGCCUAA